AUGUCACUUUCCCGUCGCAGUCCAGGUUUUGUGGGCAGCCGUCUUCGUUCUUGCCGCGGACGUUGCAAAUUCUAUAGCUUUUGCCAACUACGCGUCCUGAUAAAAGGCACAACACACACAGUUGUGCUGAUUCACACGGCCCCAAGGUGUGGUCAUCCUUAUGUAGCUAUGGGUCCUGCUGGUAAAAGAGUGGCCAUCAUGCCCAAGAAGAAGAAACCGCCCACAUCUUCUCCGCAACACACAGCGCCGGACACAGAAGCUGGAGACCGAGUGGAAGGUGUGGGCUUUGCGGGGAGAGGGGGUCAGGGUGGCGGUGGUGGUGGCUGCCACUGCUACUGCUACUGCUACUGCCACUGCCCGUCCGGGACUUACCCGUCUCAUUGGCGGGAGCGCGGCAAGCUGGACAAAUUCAUGGAGAAGCGGCGCAAGAAGAACGCGGCAAAGGACCACAGGUCGCCGGCAGCAGCAGGGGGAGUAGCAGCAGUAGCAGCAGUAGGCAAGAUGGUUCAGAAACGGUGCAGCGGACAGCUACAGGACCGGCAGCAGCAGCAGCGGCGGCAGCGGCUACCACCCUGGCCUUAUAGGGCCAGAUCGGCGAAGAGACCAGUCAUGGCGCGGCGCAAUGAACGAUCGGCUACCGCGUCCGCGCCCCUGGUCGCGGCGCUGCUGCUCGUGGUUCUAGUGGCGACGACGCCGACCUGCAUUCGGGCGGCCGGUCGCAGCCUGUCGCAGCGGUCAUUCUCGAGUGCGGAGGCGGAAGCGCAGGCGAAGGCCGCGUCCUUCGGUUUCGGAUUCGGUCCCUUCUUCGGAGGCAGCGAGGCCAGCGCGAGCGCGGCUGCGCGGGCAAGGUCCAGCUCUGGGCUGUUGUUCCCUCUGUCCAGUGACGCAAAUGCGAACGCCAAAGCAGUGGCGGAGAGUGUCGCCGAUCGGUUCGCCCCCCGCUUCGGUCUGGACCAGAGCGGUGCCAAGUGCCUUGCGAACGCACUGGCCUCGGCCACCUCCAGCGGCCAGGGGAGCAGCAAUGCCAACGCAGAGGCGAAGGCCAACAGUCUGGCCGUGGGUGGCGGCGGACUGGGUAGUCUGGCGAACUGCGGGGCCCAGGCGACAGCGACCGCCAGCUCCAUGUCCUGCCAGCGUUACGCUGUCCCCAGGGACGGCAAUCUGUGCGACUUCGCUGGUAACUUCGCUACCGACUGCAAGGGUCUGCAAUUGAUCAACCCCAAUGUGGGCGCUGUACGCGCCGGUCAGAGCAUCAGUGUGCCGCCCUGCAGCGCCUAG